AUGCAAUUCCCAGUGCAUGAAAGUUUUUUAGACUUACUAACUAUUGUAACGCAUAAAGGACUGCACAGAUAUAAGAAAAUCCCAGAAGGUGUAUCGCUGGCACCUGCGGAUGUACAGAGAAAAAUGGAUAAAUGCUUAAGAGGGAUUGAUGGUGUGAUAGCGUAUAUCGACAACAUUUAUAUAAUGGGAUACACGAAGGGAGAAAAUAUUGAGAGAACUGAAAAAGUAUGCGAAAGAAUAAUCGAAUGCGGUUUAAAGUUGAAUAAGAAAUGUAAAUUUUUACAGGAAAGUAUCGAGGUUUUAGGACUCGUAAUCGAUAAAGACGGCUUGCACAAGGCAAAGUCUAAAGUUGAAGCGAUGGUGAAAGCACCACAACCAAGUAAUUUUAAGGAAUUAAACUUAUUUUUAAGAUUAAUAAAUUUUUAUGCAUGCUUCUUGAAAGAUAGAUCGGAUAAUUUAAAACCGUUGCAUGAUUGUACAAGUGCGAGUGAGUUUGUAUGGGGUAAGAGUUGUGAAAAAGCGUUCGCAUGGGUGAAAAAUGAAUUGACAUCACCGCGCGUAUUGGCUACUUAUGAUCCGAACGAGCAGAUAGUGUUAACGUGCGACGCGUUACCCUACGGGCUAUCAGCAAUUUUGUCGCAUAAAUAUAAGGACAAUACGGAAAAACCAAUCGCGUACGCCUCGCGAAAGAUUUAA